AUGAGAAUCGACAAGAUAGUGCUGCUCGUGGCACCUGUUGGCCUGGCACUCUCUUCGCUAGUUUUCUCACCCGCCAUCCAGGGAACGCCCAAUGCCCGCUUUCCCCCGCUCGUCGAUGCAACUGGAGCGCCGUCGUUCACAAGCCAAGAAGACAACCUCACACCGCUGCAACUGUCGCUGGACCUAUUCAAACCUAUUCACACGAAGGGAAAUGGACCAUCUACGCUCUUUGGUGUGCAGGCACCUUCAUCCGCAUCGGAUUCAGCGGCCGCCCCAACGGAUGCACACACCGAUUUUGAAGCGUCACAGGAACUCAAUGCUGACGACGGCGCUCCAGGAAGAACCCCCCUCCCAAGAACUCUGGUCUUACACAUGAUGGAUACUCUGUGGGUGUUGUUGCCAAGGAUGGGAAUGGCUGCAUCUUCGCUGACGAUGUCCAGUGCGAGACCCUUGACUUCGUCUGAAGCUCGAGAGUGGGCGGAGGCUGACGAAGACACGCGUGUCACUUUACUACAAAAGUGGCGAGAGGGGCAGAGCGACAGCAGCAGGCGAGCCGCGUGGCUCAAGUAUAGGAAAUUCAUGCUAUCGAAGAACCGCCCGCCAACCAGGUAUCGACCGGAACCAGAAGUAAUGGCUUUGCUGCAGAAGGAGCUGAUAUUUCGCUCGAACUAA